GGGACAGGCUCCCCUCAUCAGCCGGGCCUGCGCGGGCGGGAUGCUGGAAAAGGCUCUGGAGCAACUGCUGCUGCAGUUCCUGGCCCCGUACGUCGACGGCAUCUCCCGCGACAAGCUGCACGUCGGGGUUUUCAGCGGGUCCCUGGAGCUCAAGGACCUGCAGGUGAAGCCAGACGCCCUGGCGCUGCUCGGUUUCGACGAUCUGCGGAUCAGGGAUGGCAAGAUCAAGCUGAUCAAGCUUGCCGUGCCAUGGAGCAAGCUCUACACGGGGAAGGUGGAGAUGGCGGUGGAGCAGCUCCACUUGGAGGUCGAGAGCUACUCCGACCCCUCCAGGGAUGUGUCGGAGGCGGCGCUGGUCGUGGAGAUGCGCGAGGCGAAGCGGAAGGCCAUGGAGCUGCGCGUGUCGCAGCUCCGAGACCUGAUGGAGGAGCAGGAGCGGAAGCAGGCCGGCGCCGAGGACGACCCGAGCCAGAGGGUUAGCUACGGCGUCAAGCUCGUGCGUAAGAUAGUGAACAACAUAAAGAUCGCCCUGUCGGACGUGAACUUCUCGUUCAUUAACAGACGCAGCGUGCGCACUCUCGCGGCGAAUCAGAAUUUCUGCUUUCCAGACAGGGCUGGCCGCAGGCAGCCCCGAGGGAGCAUGGCGCGCCACCUGCUGCUCGCGGCGGCCCUCGGCGCCUGCCGGGCCGACGAGACGGAGUGGAAGCCAGACUGGGCCGUCGGGCCGAACUGGCGCCACCUGGUCGACUGCGCGGACUGGGGCGACGACUGCACGGCUAGCCAGUGCUGCAAGCGCCCAGGCAUGCAGUGCUACGGGAAGAACGAGUGGUACAGCAUGUGCACCAAGGAGUGUGCCCCCGGCAGGACCCAUGACGGCGAGGAGUGGACCUGCAAGAAACUCGGAAAGCGCACGCCGAAAAUGGGCUCGAACGAUUCCAAUACCACGGAGGCGCCGUCAUCGGCACCCACGGCGGCGCCGUCGGCAGCUCCCACGUCUGCGCCCACGGCGGCGCCGUCGCCAGCGCCCACUUCGCCGGCCACUGCGGCGCCGUCGCCGGCGCCCACUUCGCCGGCCACUGCGGAGCCGUCGCUGGCGCCCACGUCUGCUCCCACGGCGGAGCCGUCGCCGGCGCCCACGUCGCCGGCCACUGCGGCGCCGUCGCCGGCACCCACGUCGGCUCCCACUGCGGAGCCGUCGCCGGCGCCCACGUCGCCCGCCACUGCGGCACCCUCGCAGGCUCCCACGGCGGCGCCGGCCCCCGUGCCCGCAGAUGCGGCGGCUGACGGCGCGGUGGAGAGCCUCAGCGGGGCGGAGCCGUCCAAGAGGAAGGCCACCUCGACUAGAACCGAAGCAGGGCAGUUCGGCAAUCACCCCGGCAAGCUUCCGCCAGAACAGCCAGACACGGCUGCCCCAGCCGACGAAUCAGACCUCAGCGAUGCUUUCAAGAAGCAGCUUGCUGGGAUCCUGGGCGCCGAGGGCGCCAGCGACCCAGAGCCCGCCAGCGCUCAGGUGGGCCAGGGCCGGGGGUUCGACUACGUCUUGGGUUUCGGCAAGCACGGGCGCAAGACCCUCCAGACUGUUUGGACGGACCAUCCGGACUACCUGGCCUACAUCGUGAACACGAAAGGCCUCUUGGAUGCCAGGCCCACGCUGAAACAAGCUAUGGAAGAGGCCGGCGUCCUGGGGCCCGCCACUGACCUCGCGCUCGCCAUGCGAGGCCCUGCCGCUCAGAAGGUGCUGCAGAGAGCGGACGAGAGGAGAGCGGCCGCCGAGCAAGCAGCGGCGGAGGGGUUGCCCCCGCCCCAGGUGCACCGUGAGAUCGCGCACCUCCACGCCCUCCAGGAGGCCGAGGCGCGCGCCACCCUGGCCGUCGCUGUCAGGUUGCAGGCCCGCGAGAGGGAGUUGGUGGCCAGGGCGCGAGAGCACGCUGGGAAGAAGGGCAAGAUCGUGACACACUUGAAGUACGUCAGCCUGAAACAGCGCAGCGUUGCCUACGAGGGGCGCCCCGCGCAGCGCAGCAUGGUGCAGCCCGCGCGCACCGUCAAGGCGCUGCUCCGCAUGAACCCCAGAGAUUUCACGAUGGCCUGCAUCGAGGACGGCCUCCUGCCCCAGAUGCAGGGGGCGCCGUGCGCUAUGCCGGGAUGCAUCGCGAGAGACGAGAAGAACGAGGUCCUUCUGCUGGGUUCCCAUGGGAAGGGCUCGGCAUGGGAACGGAGCACCACCCAGUGCGUCCUCGGGAGCCUGCACGCCAGGAAGAACGCGGGCGCCAGCGACGUGACGGUGCACACAGUGUACAGCGUGGCGUCAGGGUCGUUGAUAUUCCACCGCUUGGGAGGGGGGUCCACCAGCCUCACGGACCAAGUCGUUGCGUUCUGGAACUGCGUGGAAGACAUGCCCGUCACGGCUACUUGCAAGCAGCUGGGGCUAUCGGAGCAGGUGGUCGGAGCCUUCUACAAGAAGGCCCGCGCCAUCAUGGCGGCGGACGCCGAACGCCGCCAACAGACCAUCAUCUUCGGGCAGCUCCCCGGCGGCGAGACCAGCGAUUUCGAGGCCGACGAGUCGUGCUUCUUCUCCUGGAGCCAGAUGGAGGGCGAGGAGAAAGUGUACAAGUUCUGGGUGUGGCUCGGCAUCUACCAGAGGGGGGCCCCAGAGAAGCUCUGGCUGCGCGAGGUCGGCAUCACGGAAAGCCGCGGGGAGGGGCGGCUGCCGCCGCUCACGGACGAGUUCUGGGCCCGCGCGUGCAAGGACGUGUUCAACGAGAGGAGCAACAUGGUCCAGAUGACAGACUCCGCCAGGGCGUACAUGAAGCGCCCGCUCCCCGUGGGCAUCGUGGACGCGCGCGCCGUGAAUCACUCUAGGAAGCCGGUGCCCGAGUUUUCCCGGUCCGUGGAAGUUAUCGGGAACGUCGCGACGGGCUGGAAGCGCCCGGCAGUGGCAAGCACGAACUUGAUCGACCCCGCAUGGAGGACCCUCAAGGAGGAGAUCCCUAGUCGCGGCGCAGUGACGGCCAAGACGGAUGCAGGGCGAGCGCAUAUGCGCCACUACAUCAGGACGGCGCAAUGGAAGGUCAUGAUGAGCACCUACGACAGGUGGGGGGCUUUCUGCCAGGCGGCGGCGGCGUUCGAGGACCAGCGGCGCAAGGACAAGGAGUACGUUCCAGACGUGAGCCGCCUUGCGGCCGCCAUGAGCAUCCGCUGGCAGACCCGGAAGCGGAAGGCCAUGGAGGCGGACGCUCUGGCGCGGAUGGAGGCGCCGCCCACGCAGCAGGAUCCCGUCACGCAGCUGGACCUCCCCGCGCCAAUGGCCGCCUGCCCGGCGCCCAUGCAGCUGGACCCGCCCGCUGCGCCAGCGGAACUGGACGCGCCCAUGGCCGCCUGCCCGGCGCCCACGCAGCUGCGCCCGGCCACGGCGCCCGCGCGCUCUGUGAUGGACACCCAGAGGCCCGUCGCUGUGGGGCGGAAUCCACCAGAGGGUGGGUGGUGGUGCGCGUUGUUGGGAGCGCGCUUGGGCGCGAGGGACAACCCGCCUGCGUGGUACAACAACCCCCGCACGGGCGCCAUAGGGCCCAGGGGCACCCAGACGGCGGCCACCUGCGCCAUCCACGCGGUGCAGCACCUGAUCGCGCAGAUCUCGAACGAGGCCGUCGUGACUCGGGAAGCCUUCGAGCGGAAGUGCGUGAUGGGCUUCGACGGCGGCGGGAACUACGAGUAUGCCGACAUGCACACCAACCUGGAGCACUUGGGAUGCCGCUGUUCGAUGGUGACGCCCGAUGAGGUGGAGACGAUCACGGCCUCGGACGCGGACGGCAGCUUCAGCGCGCUGUUCCGGCUCGGCGUGCUCGAGGGCACCCGUGUCUUAGGCUUCCUGCUGCAUGUGCCAGGCCAUUGGGUUUGCAUUGUGCCUGGUGCCAUGGGGGGCCCCGAUGCACAAGCGACGCUGUGCGAUUCAUUGUUCCCAGACGUCUUUUGGCUGACGGGGCUGGAAGUAGCGGAGCUGCUGGAAGCAAUGGCAAUCCACUCGUCCCGGCAGAGGGUGCCCCACGGAGCGUGGUCGGCGUAUCGCGUGUAUUUGCCGUGA